AUCAGGAGUGUUGAAAAUGGCGGCGGAGGAAUGCACAGCUCGUGGACCACAGAGAUAGGGAAUUUUCUUCAGUUCUUCGCCUUUAACGAACGUCAUGGCGUCCGCUGAGUGUGACAUAGAACUAGAAGAUGGAGAAAUAAAUGAUUUAGAGGACGGCGAAAUAGACGAAGAUAUACUUCUGCCCGCGGAAUCGAACAACAAUGUCUUCUCUCGCUUGGAACCACGUCAACAUGCAUAUCCCGAGAAUUCUAAUUCUUAUGGAGCAAUCAGGAGAGAUUUUGUACAUCAUAAUUUAGGUCCUUCAUCUGGAAGAUGGGAAACACACGGUGGUCCUAUAACUCCAUCACGGGGGAGAGUUUCAAGAGGACGAACAACUCCGCCGAGAGUCCUGCGAGGAGGAAGGGGAAAAUCAUCUUUUCGUGGAAAUGGACGGCAAGUGAUGGGCCGGGGCAAGCCUUUUGCUGCCAAAAGAGAAAAUACACGUCAACGUAUCCUUUUGUUCUUUUAAGCUGUGCGAAAAUGGAACAUUUUUUCUCGUGGAGAGCGUUAAAUUAAAUUAAAUUACCUUGACAAUUAAACUUAAAAGGUGAUACACUUAUUUGCUUCUUCAGCAAAUAAAGGGAAGACGUGCGCUUUCUUCUUUCAGUUUUAGUGCAAUUCUGGGCAAAUUUCUUUAGGUUCUGUAGGUGUCUGGAACAAGAAUGUUAUCAAUUGUAACAGUUAAAAAUCUAAAGUAAAGUGAUAGUCACAUAUAGUUAAACUUUUUAACUGACAUUAGUUUUAUUCAUAACUGUCUUUGUCUCCUUACGAGUAAUAUUCAGGAUGAGUAAUAUUUAGGUUUAGGAUUCAAAGGAAACUGAGUAUUCAAUAGAUUGACAGCUGGUUUUGGGCUUGCUGCAUUCAAGGCUGAGCUCCCUUUCUCAAUAGCAUAGGAAGCGAAUGACAUCAGAGUGACUAAUUUGCAAUUUUUGUCUGAGUUGUGAUUAGGGUAGGGUUAGGCAAUGACUCAAAAUGAGAAGCUUUUAUUCAUUGUUUGGUUUGACACCAUUUGAAAGUUAAUGUGGUACCAAAGGCUAAUUUGGGCAUUUGUUUGAAAAUUUUAUUCUUGUGAAAAUAUUAGAAAGGUUUAAUAAAAAUAAGUGAAAUUUUAUGGAUGCAAGUGCAAGGUACGUGUAUAUGUUUUGGAAUAUUGCAUCUUCUUUUGGAUUACUACAACGGAAUUUGUGGAAUUUAUCAAAAUUUAGGAUGCAGUCAAAAUAAAAUUGCCUUUAAAUUUAAAAGGAUUAAAUAAUAUUCAAAAUGAAAAGACGCACAUAAACAAAACCACAAAAGAAAGAUGUACAGUGCAGUGUGCCAAAAAAUAUUGAAUUUGGACAAUUUUAGAGGAAAACCAAAAAAGUUAUACCUGAGGUGAAUGCAAUACUUUGUCACUUCCAAAUUACAAAGCAGACUGUGGCACACUGCACUGCAAAUUUUCAUUAUCUUGUCUAGAUAACGUGUACCAAGAUUUGUGGCAUUUGAAUGAAUCCUUGAGGAGAAAACUAUCCAAAAAUGCCAGAGACAAGCUUUGAUUACGAGUUUUUUUAAAGAAAAAACUGCAAUUUCGUUUGAUUUACAUGCACUCAAACUGAAAUUGGUGGUUGUUGACUUAGUCGCCAUCUUGGAAAGGCCUGUAGUAAAGUUUUCUAGCGUAAAACACAAAAUACUGCCCUAUAUGCGGUCAUGAUCACGAUAUUUGACUGGCUAUUUUUCCUGCAAAACCAAUCAGAGGCACAGGUAUAAAGAAUGACACCUUUUGAUUCACAACAGUGUCCUGGAGUGAAGUGCUGACAAGUUUGUUUCUGUUCAAUAGGGAAUUUUCUUGAGUUCUAUACAGUACAAGGAAACAUUUGCCUUUCUAUGGCAAUGAAAAGCUUUUCCGUCUAUAACUAACGUUAUGGUAAAUGUGUAGUUCCAGAAAAUAUCCAGACCCCCACCACGGAGGGAAUUGGAAAUUCCAGGGGGCUGGGGGGGUCAGAGGCCCAGGAAAUUCCAGAAUGGAGGGGGGUUGGACCAUAAAAUCACUUUCCAGGGGGGCAAUAUCAUUUUGUUUUCGACCUGAGAUCGAACAUUGCUUCUUACCGACCUGAUAGAUCAUUUUUAGGACAUAAAUAACUUGACAUAUAUCACUUAAGAUUGUUCGUUUUUGAUCUUAACCAGGUUUCCUUUCUUCCAAAAGCGUUUUGGAUGUAAUUUCAAAGGAAUUAGACCGACUACAAUUCGUUUUAUCGCAUGCUCGUAUAUUUGGCCGCCAUUACUCGUUACCAGUCUUCCCCAAAACAUCAACGCAUGCAACACUUCACGCAACACAACACGUUGCGUCAGUCGAUCGAUAGAUCAGAAGAGUGGCUAUUUUGCCUCACGAAGCACAAGCUAUACGUUGUAACCAUUUUAGAAUGAAGAGUUUUUAUUCUCCUUUUCAUUUUCCCUUAAUUUUGUGGUUGAAUGUGUGGCAUGUUCUUGAUCGAAUUCUCGCUGAAAUGGUGUUGAUUUCACCAAACAUUUAUACGGCCAUCGCGCAUCACGUCGCAUCAGUCGAUCGAAAAACAGUAAAUUGGACUUGGUUUCCCUUCAAGUAUCUUCAAGAUGCAGGGGGUAUUCAUUGUUAUCAUUUCAGAAUUCAGAGUUUUUAUUCUCCUCUUUGCUUUGCAUUAAUUUUGUGGUCGUAAGUUUGACUUGUUCUGCAUUCCCGCACGAAAUGGUGUUAAUUCUAUCAACAUUACGCCCAUGAGACGAAUAACAAAUCUAAGCUUGCCCUGAUUAAGGUAAAUUCACAAAUAUAACCGACUUAUUCACUUUCUCUGUUUCAUUUAAAGUAAGAGAUGAGCAAAAAUUACAGAUCAGGUUACUUUGUGCUGGUGUAGUGUGUUUUAAUGUUGCGAGAUCACUCAAAUAAAUGGAAACAGAAGCAUGCAAGCUUCUCAUGAAACCGUUGGGUACUAACCAUACGUUGCCUCAUUCUUCUAGUUUAAUAGUCUUUCUUCGUGAAAAUGAACUUUUCCAGAGGAGUUGGGGGGUCUUUGUCACACUUGUGGAAAUUCCGAAGGGGUGGGGGGUCAUCAGUUCCCUGCAAAAAUGGAAAAUCCAGGGAUGUGGGGCGGUCCUAAGUGAAAUUCCCUCCGUGGUGGGGGUCUGGAUAUUUUCUGGAACUACACAAUGAUCAAAGAAGGAAAAUCUGCAGUUUCAGUGGCAGGAAGUACAAAAAUGUACAGUACAUCAGAGAACACGAUCAUGCAUUUAAUUACAUGGCUAGCGCAUGUUUUUUUAUAAAGUGUUAGAUAGAGGAAUUCGUCAGACAUUUAUGGUCACAGUGCUGUGAUAUGCAAAUACAAAGUUAAUUGCUUGUAUAACAGAAGAGUUUGUGAUGCGUGAUUGUUUUGCAAUCAUAACCGGAUAUAUAAACUGUCAAAUUUGCCUGCUCCGGGAUAUAAUAAUUUUCUUCGUCGCAAGUGUUUUUAUACUUCUCAGUUUACCACAUUUUUCCCAUAAAAUUGGUCUUAGAAAAGAAACUUUAGUUGCUUAUAACACGCUUCAGGGAGAUCACCCUAAACUUAAACUUGGGAUACAAUGGGCGAUUCCAGAAAAUAUCCAUACCAUACCACGGACGGCUUUUAGGAUUUCGGAAGGGGAGGGGGGGUUCACGAUUAUGGAUUUCUGAGGGCAUGGGGGGUAUUUACGAUUGGAAAUGCGAAGGCAUGGGGGAAUUCCACAGGUGGGAUUUCUGGAGUAGAAAGUGUAGAGUGAGUUCCUUGACUUUUGUAGUUCGUAAAUAAACCACAAACGUAUGACCGCGGAAGCAGAAGACAAGCAUCGAUACAUCAGACACGUGUUUAUGCUCAUAACUUAUAGAAGUGAACAGUAAAACGUGGGUUUCACAUCAACCUUGAUGAAUUUCUUGUCACAUGAAAAAAAAACUGAAUAUGUAUAUUACUGCUUGCAAGUUUGUUGUUACUCCAGUCCGAUGAACAGCAAAAAAACUUGCACCAGUCCCUGGCUUCCAAGGAACGCCUGUCAGAUUAGAACACUUUUCGUGCACACUACAUGACGUAUAAACGGACGCAACACGACUCGACGGUAUAUUUGAUCGCCGAAAGAUUUUAACAGUCUGAAUUUGAGCUAUUUUGCUUUGUAAACGUCAAAACAGCACAAAAAACAAAGAGGAGUAAAAUUGCCGUUAGUGGUAUUUAUUUUUAAAGCCAAAUUCGGACCUAAAAAGGAGUUUGCACAGCUUGGCUACUAGCGGUAGGUUAGAGUAAAGCUUGUCGCCUGGCGCCGCUAGAUCACAGCCUUGAGGAGGCAUAAAUUCAUGUUCGUUUGUUCAUAUAGGCGUUGCUAAGUUGAAAAUGUACUUCCAAAAAAACGGAAAUUCUGAAGGGGAUGGGGGGUUCACGAUUAUGGAAUUCUGAGGGCAUGGAGGGGUAACACAUUUUGGAAUUUCCGAAGGCAAGGGGGGGAUAAAACAUGGAAGCCAUCUGUGGUUGGGUAUGGAUAUUUUCUGGAAUUGCCCAAUGUUAAGAACUGGCUAGCUUCAAGCUGGUAGAAAAUCACACAAUUCUGAGAUGGUCAUGUUAGCCUGCAGUUGCACUUAAGCUGCAGAGCAGACUCAAACAGGGUGAAGUUGUAGGGAGGUGAAGGGGACGAAACCAGCAAAACUAUCGCUGUAGGAUAAAAUGGUUGACAUAUUUUAAUUUGAAUUUAAUUUUUGACCUACAACAUAAAAACCAGUAAAGCAAUGCUGAAUUACUCCUCCAGUUUAUUUUCCAUUCACGUAGUCUAUGUUGUAUUUCUAUUGAGGGCUAAGCUGCAGAAUACUCAGAGCCAGUUGUGUAAAAUAAUGUACAAUCUACUUCAAUGACUGAACAUUUAUGCAAUGAACCCCUAGCCAUUUUCUUACAUGUCUUUAACUCUGGAUUGGCCCUUAUGCAUCUUUACGAUAAAUGAACAAAUUUCACAACCAAACUUUGUAAACAAAAUUCUUUGCAUUUGUAUUCUUUGUGCAUGGGGGUUUCUUUUCAACUCUUGUAAAACUUUGCAAAUUUGCAAUUUCAAACAGGCUUGGUGCUGAAGUUUCCACAUCUGAUGUAAACAUGCAUAAGGGCCAUAAUUUGCUGAGUAUCUUACACCGGUACCUUCUUUUUCAACCAAUUUCUUUCACAUGUAAAUGAAAUGUUGUGGAGUGGCCAAUUACAUGUAUUCUGCAGCUACUCCUUACUUCUCAAAAUCACACUGUGCUACUUUCAAGUUUGAGCAUCGUCCAUUUGAUUACUCAAGAGAUCCUUUCUUUAAACUUUAAUCACAGUUCGUAACCAUACAUAACUGAUACAAAUGAACUAAUACUGACAUAUACAAUCGUACAAAAAUACAAAAAUGGUUAGUAGGGGGGAACCAAAUUCCCAUUCUAAGACAUACCCUCCAAAAAAGAAAAAAGGAAAAAUAAUUAAUUAAUUAAUAUAUAAACAUAUAUAUUAAAAGACUAUAAAUUAGUCUAUAAAUUAUAAACCUAGAUGCCUAAUAAUAAUGCAUAAACUUAUAUUAAAGACACUAUGCUUGUCACUGUUAACUUUUUAUUUUUGUUUUUCUUUUGUAAAUGGUAGCACGGUGCAACCUUGAUAUAAUGAACCUCUGUAUAACUAAGUCCUUGGUACAUUUUAAAACUAAUGAUACUAAUGAUAUUCUUUACCUCUCUAAUAGUAAAAUAUAUGAAAAAGAACCAUGUUAUAGCAGACAUAUUUUGCCAGUCCCUGGGCCCUUUCUUUUAUAUUGAUGUUCCACUGUAAAUAAAAUGAUGUAAUUAGCACCAUAAUGUCAUUGUGCUGUUCAUGGAUGUCUAUACCUGUAUGAAACUACAGCAAGCUACAUGUAUCACAUUCUGUCCCAUAUACCCAAAGGAAAAGUUAAUUAUAGACAUGUUUCACUGAUUAAAAGUGAAAGUUAUUUGAAGAGCAUCUUACCAUAACAUCUGGUUUAGGAGGGGCACAUUUGGUUUUUCAGUUUCGAAGGUUUUUCCUCUUUUUGCUCUUACCUGCUUUUCUAGUGUUUGUCAGUUCCCUUUUGUGAACUUGUGGUUUUCAGUUUUUGAAAGAAACAAAGACUAGUGUUUUUUUUCCUGUUUGCCUUCUUGCCUUUGUUUGUACAUGUAGUUCUGCUAGAGGGGAAGUGUUAUUAUCAAGAGAAGACAAGCCCUAGCCUUGCAGUAGCCUAAAGGUUGGAGUACUAUACACAACUUUAGAAUGGUUUAUUGACCCUUUAAGCGCCAAAUCUUCAUACAUUUCAUUCAAGAGGUAUUUGAGAAGUUGAUAACAGAUAAAAGCAUAAUUUUCCCCUUAGUUAACAUAUUAAUAAUUCUCAAAGCUGUUUUUCUUGAUGAUAAUUAUAUGAAUACUGUUGUAAUUUGUAUGGUUCUUAACAUAAAUAACUUAAUACAGAUUUUUUACAAAGACCCAACUUGCCUCAUUCUCCUUCUGUGGAGAGAUCCCGUGGACCAUAUCCUCAGAAACGAGGACCAGGUUAUACUGACAAUGAAAGAUUAAGGCAAGCUUCUUCUCAACCUGAGAACAAAGCAAGAGCUCCCCACCUUGAUGAAAGGUGGCAUGGUCACGGCUACCCUGAUGCUGAGAGACCGAGGUUACCCCAUCCCCUUCUGAACGAAAGACAAAGGCUGCCUCUCAUGGAGUUGGAUGAGAAGUCAUGGCCUUCUUAUAAUACAGGUGUAGAUUCAAUUGCUCCUGCACCAGAUCAACAAUCUGCAAGAAUGGAGUCACCUUUAGAUGAAGAAGAGGUUGAUGAUUAUCGGAUUUUGCUACAGCGCCAUCGUCUUAUUCAGCAGCAGCUUGCUGCUCUUGAAAAACAAGAGAGUUCAACUUUGGAAGAGGAAAACAUCAUUGAUGACACUUUUAUAGAUAUUCCAGUUGAAGACACACAGCCAGAUCAGUCUUUUGUCAAUGAAGGAAACCUUGAAAGUUUUACUGAUUCGCUUGUUGAAAAUCCUGAAAGAGAUGAGCUUAUGAAUCUUCAGCAAUCAAAUCUGAAUCGAAAUCUCACAAAUGUUGUAAAUAGUGAUGAACUUGAAAACUCUGAACAAAUUGAUGACCUAUUUAUGAGUGGAAAGCCGGAGAACUCAAACUCACCAAAGCCAUUUGUACCAUUUAGAAUUAAACCUCGCUACACUGGCGUUCCAUCAAUAAAAGAAUUGAGCCAAAAAGACUUGGAGCUGAGGGGAGCUAAGGAAGGCACCCCAACUGCUGGAGACAGUAUCAAUGAAGGGAAUCAACUUUUAAAAGAAAACAAUCAAGCCCCCUCACAACAUCGUAACAGAACUAGAGGAAAGCUCUCUAGAGGUCGCAAAAAUAGAAAGAGAAGAAAGAGAAAUUUUUCUCAGGGUGGAAAUCAAGGUAGCAGCGCAAUAGACAUUCAACCUUCUGAAAAAGUUGGCUCCAACCAAAAUUCACAUGUUGAUCCUCAUAAUGAACUAGAGGCAAGAUUGAUGAGUUUAGCAGGGAGCUCUGUUCCAAAUCUUGAAGGGACCAAUGAGAACAGGUUUGUACUGGGCAAAUUUUAAGUUUUUACUUCAGUGUUUAUGAUUCAUAUGGUACUCUAACAUGUAUACUGUGGUAGCUCACGUAGGUGGACACCCUCGGCACGCGAAAAAGUUGUCAGUUAGUGGAGCUGGCUGCUUACAAGAAUGGUUCUCAUAAGAGGCCACUUGAGAUGUAAGGGUUAAGUGGCUGCUUACAGGAGCUUGCCCAUCUGCAAAUUAAUAAACACUGGAAAUGCAAAAACACUGUUUGUUAGUAUUUGUUUCCACUGUUCUGACAUUGUAUUAAUUCAGACACAAACCUAAAAUUCAAGUGGUGUUUUGAAGUGUAACCAGUCAUGUAUGUGAAAAAAAAAUAAACACUAAAACUUAUAUAAAUUCCUUGUGACAAACAGCAAUAUGAAGUUGAUACGGUAAAAUAAAAGAUUCAGAGGAGAUUCAAAAAAGAAAAAGAUUCAUUUCUAAAUCAGGUGUCCCCUUAUGGGAGCUAAAAGCAAAGCUAAAAUUUAACUUGUAAACUGUGAAGUGUCCACUGCUGCCCACAGGAACUGUCCACAUACAGGAAUGUAAAAACGCAGAGUUCCUUUUGGAUUUGAAACAGAGUUUUGUGAAGGUGGUGGUAAGAAGACUAGUCGCCUAAGUCUGCUUGCAAGAGUGCCCAUUUAGAGAGCUUCUACUUUAUGAACAUUGUUUACCAUAUAAGUGGUGAAAGAGUUUGUUAUGGUUAAUAAAGAUCCAAUUCCCAAGAUAGAAAAACUUGUAAUACACAAGCUUUGGAUUCCAUUAUGUAGUCUUUAUCAAGUGAUGGAGUUGGACAUUUAAUGUUGUUAAUGUGUCAGCAUGUUGAUGGCUUAAAUCAGGCUUUGAUUUGUAUGUGCAUUCCUUCGUUGUUUGUUCCAGGCAAGAUGUUGACUUCAAGAAACAAGAAAGGCGUGAGAAAGUGCGGCAGUGGCAGGAGAAGAUGAAUAAAGCUGGAUUUUCAGAUCAGAAAAGUCAGCCAGGAAAUAAAGUACACCCUAAAAAGAAACCAGCCAAAGGGAACAAAAGAAGUGCAACUUCACAAAGUUUAAAAUCAAAUGAAAGUCAGCGCGCAGACAGAGAUUUGCACAGAAGGAAUGUUGUCAGGUUUGACAAUGAUGACUAUUUUGAAAUACCCAUGGAUGUCGAGAGUGAUUCAACAGGUAAUGCAGUAAAAUUUAGCUCAAGAAAAGAUUCCAUUUGUACAGAUUUUUUUUUGUUUUGAAAUUGAUUAUUUGAGCAAUAGAAAAUGUUUUCCUUGUUUGCAUUGCCUGAUAUAAACAUUUGAGGGUUGGGAGAAUUGAGACAGUCAUGUAAACCCAACACAAAGUAGAGUAUUUACACAACUGUCAAGAAUUCUCCAAACUCCUUGAGUGUUUCUAUCAGGUUAUGCAAACACAGGGAAAAAAAGUUUCCCAUUACUUUUAUAAAACAACUUUUCCGAGGAAAAAGCAAAACUCUUUGUUUAUGACACUGAUGAAAAGAGAAAUUCUUACCAGUCAGGAAGUGUUGUACACAAAGUUUUGUAUGCAUAAUCAGUGCUUGUUUUGCAAAAAAGAUGCUUUCCAAAAUACAGAUUUUUCUCAAUUAACAUGUCAGCUUCAGCGGGAAAAAAUUGACACAGCGUGUUUCUAAAGAUUUUCCAAGUUUCAGCAGACAAGGAAUUGUGUAAAUAAAGUAAACUUGUCUAGUUUUCAACUCAAAAACUUUAUUAAAAUUUCCGGCUUGCAUGAUUAAUGAGCACUUAGCAAAACAUCUGGACGUCACAACCAUGUUUACAUACUCUUGUGUAAACACACCUCUCAGCCAAUCAGAGUGCGUGUACUAUCUUAGUUAUUUUAUAAAAUUUAGUCUUGUGGCUGUAAAUUUGUGAUGGACAGUGGUUGAUAUGUGUAGAACUUAUAGCAUUCACUCAUGACCAAGAUUUCAUGCAGGGAUGUCACUAAGAUUUCAAGUUGCUGGGUAAAUAAAACAGGGAAGGGAAUCAGACAGCUAGGGAUUUUUUUUGGUUAUAUUUUUCUUCUACGUGUAUUUUCCUUUGAAAGUAGCCAGGGUCACAUUAAGUAGCCGCGGAAAAAGCGCGACCCCCACGUCUUAAUGACAGCCUUGUCAUGUUUAAAUUUAGAUGUAGACUGGAAUUUUUUUUUUGAUUUUAUUGUAUUCCAUAACUUAAGUUAAAUUCUUUUAGGCUAGACGGGGAUAGGGGACUUUUCCCCUCAGCUAUAAAUCACUGACAUCGUCAUCAUCAUUAUCAUCAUCAUUAACAUGAUCAUCAUCACUGUUAAAUUAUUUUUUACCGGACUAGAUGGUCCAGCUCUUCCACUGAUUGAGGAACCAGUUGAAGAUUUCCCACCACCUCCGCCACCAUUACCCAAUGGCGACUCAGGUAAAAAUAACACCUCUGUGUCUUAUUAACUGCAGUUGAUAAAACUGCAGAGCUAAUGCAUCAGUCAUUCAUCCCCCCUCCUCCCAAACUACUGUGGGGCAUUUGCCUACCUUGUCAGUGUGUAAAAAGUGAGACAGUCCUGUCUUUUCUUUUCCCUUUAUCUCAUCCCCUUUUCUUUUGCUUUUCUUGUGCUGGGCAUUUAGUAAGCCUCACUUUGGUGGGAAAAGUUUCUGGGCAAACCUUUUGGAUUGUAGGAUUAGAUGAAAGGAAUGGUAUGUGGGCAGUGGAGCAAGAUUUUCUUGGGAAUUUUUGGGUCAACAUUGCAUAGUUUUUUGCCUUUUUCUCCAACUUCCUUGACUGAAUCAUGCUCAUUCUGGUGCAUGUAUGGUUUGAAACCUCUUGUCACCCUGCUGAAGUUAGCUGACAAAGUUGCCCCUGACCAUGAACACUGUUGAUGUCUCAAGUGGUAGAAACGAACUGGAUCCGCAUGGGCAGUUCAGGGGUGAAUGGGUUAAAAGAUCUAUAAAUUUUGUGCUCUAGGUUCUUACGGCUCAUUUUUUUCUUUCAUCUUCCCAUUUUAACAGCAGUCCCCAUGUAUGUUGUGGAUCAAGCACAGCAUCCUCUUCUGGUAAGAAUAGACCCUCCCAGCCUAAAUAAGAAUUUUAUUACUCAUACUGAUUUACUUAGGUUACAAGUCUUGUCUUGCAUAACUGCUAUAAAAGUACUACUACAUUACUACACAUUAUUGCGUAAAUACUUCUUCAUUUUGGUACAUUUACCUUAGUGUACAAGAAAAUUAUUUCGAUUAUAUUUGAUAAAUUUAGUAAUUAUUUGUACAUGUACUUUGCAUGUUGUGGUGUCAUCAUCCAAGAGGACAAAGAAAACAAUUGUCUAUCACUCACUCAACCGGAUGCAACUGCUCUCCAGUACACAGUAAAACUGUCCGAUUUUUCUCCAAUAAUCAUUGGACAGUUUGCCUGUUUUAAAAGGAAAGUUCUGAGUAAAAAUAUCAAAAUAAUAUUUAUCCUUUUUGGGCAGUUUCUAAAAAUUAAUUUAAUAAUAUUAUUAUUACAAUACAGUGUUUGUGACAGGAACUAACUUUAAGGUUAGCUGAACGCAGCUUGAUUUGAAUCUCGUUCUCUGUUUUUCCUUCAGAUGUACCCACCUGCAGGCUACUUCCAAAUUGAUCAGGUGAGGAGAAUAAAGAAAGGCUUUUGCCAUCAAGUCUUUUUUUAUCCUUCAGUGCUCAAGAUCGUACUUGUAACUGCCAUGAUGGAAUGUUUCAAUGGGGCAGGAAAGCAAUGGCAAUGCAUUGUGGAGCAUGCAGAGUAGUCUGCUACACAGCUGUUUUUAGUGUCAUCAUGCAACGUGACAACACCGGGAGGAGCGACACUAAAAACGGCUGUGUAGCAGACUACUCGCAGAGCAGUAAACUGUAAACUGCUGCUUAUAAGUCCCACCCCUUCCCCAUUUAUAGGCCCAUCUAACUUUAAACAAAAAAAUACUCAACAAUAAUUAUUCCUCGAGCCCAAAUGGGCUGUUGACUCAGAGGCCAUGAGGACAAGAGGAAUAUUGUUUUAGUAAAAUCCAACUAGUUGGUCAAAAAUGUCAAGACAAAACAACUUAAGCUAGCAAUACUCGAUUCAGCCGCCAUUGUUUUGCUUUCCAAACCUGGGAGAUUCGCUACUAGUGGGCUAUAACAUAUAGCCUAGUAGUAGCUCAACCAAUCAAAACGCAGCAUUGAUGAUAGACCACUAGUUGGAUUUUACUAAACCCUUUUCAGAUAUAAGCUUCUCUCAUUGAAUUUGAUUUAUUAUGACAUUUUGGACAUUUUGAAGCUCAAUUAGAAACCAGUGAAUGCAAAACCUAUCUUAUUCAGCAUUGCUAUACAGUGUAGCUUGUUCUAAAGUGUUUUUACUAGUCGUGUUAUACAAUGUAUGCCCCCUCAGAUAUGAGCCCCUCUGUUUAUAAGCCAUCCUAAAAGCCUUUUCAAGAUAUAUAAGCCUAGGGCUUAUAAGCGGCAGUUACUGUACAAAUGAUCACAAGAAUUAUCUUGGCCACUCACUGCAUCCUGACCCACCUUUGAUCUUUGACUGUCUUGAAUCUGCUUUGCUGUUGGAUCCAGAUGAAUUAUGGGUGGGAAAGCAAGUUUGAGAAAUAUUAUGCAACUCUCUCUCAAAUCUCCCCCCCCCCUUCCCCCUCUCAAUGCAAGUCAUUCCAUUAUUCAUUUUUCUUCUUAAUUUUCUUUUAGAAAUAUCCAGAAUGGAUGGCUGGGCCGGCACCAUUAAUGUCACAAGGCCACAAUGACCAGCAGUUUGGAUAUGAAGGUGCACAACUGCAUUUUGUCAUUAGUCUUGCCUGCUUUAGCUUCAAGACUCUAAAAAUGCAAGCGUUUCUUUUUUUUUCUUGUGUGUGCGCCAAAAGGGGAAUCAUGGUCCCACAUAUGCGUAGCGGAGACUGUGGAAACUAGGGUUUAGAAUCACAGCGUGAUGAAAGCUAUGCAUAGAAAGCUGCAAGAGAUGUCCAGCUUUUCUUGAACGGGUCGGCCACAAAUUCUAUCACUUGUAAUUGUUGAUUACUUUGGAACAAAUGAUUACUUCAAUGGUCGAAAAAAAGAACAAUCUUAAUGAGCCAAACGUUGAUGAUGAGGCUAACUGGUUGGAUGUUGUAAACUUUCAUUGUAUGCAAAUAAGUCUUGUGAUGAGCAUGCAGUUUAUUUUUGGCGAUGAUUGAAAUGACUCACCAUGUUCAUCUUGUUUCCUUGAUUUUUGUGUAUUUACACACUCGUUCAGUUCACUCAGUUCAGAAACAAAUUGAAUACAAUAUAAAAAGUAAAUAUCCUGAAGAAUACUUGAGCGUUGAUAAAGUAAGAAGUGAAAAACGUUUAGCAAGGAAAUCCUGUUUUAUGUAGAAUUGAUCACCUCCUAGACUGUGAACAGUCUCUUAUUUUUCCUUUGAGUCACAAUAGGACUAGAACAUGAUUUUACUUUUUCACUCCCCGCACAUGGCUCUGAGGAAACAAGGAUGACUGCUCUUGGUCUGAUCACCUCCUCAUUUCUUAUCUUAUCUCCAAACAAGCAAGACUCACAGCUUUUAAGUGCGUUCUUGUUUGUCAUUAAACUGAGCCAAGCACCUUGUAGGUCUUCAGUGUUAACACUGGCUAUAUUUACGUGAAUGCAAAAAAAGGUUUUUAAUGAAAAAAAAAUUAUUCAAUCACCAAAGACAGUAGUAAGAAAGUUUAGUAGAGGCAGUUUUUUACUUCUCCAGGGCCCCUUCUCAUUGAUAAAGCUGUUGUGGUGCUUGAUGUUGGUGAUGAGGGUGCAACAUUGUUCCAUAGAGUGAGGGGGUCAGUAACUCUGGUUCCCAAAUCAUGUGCUGUCCAAUGGAAGAUACUGGUCACCUCACAGAUUUUGCAUUUUACAGAACAACAAUAAUUUUAGUGAGUCUCAUUACCAAAAUGCAGCUUCAAAUGAGAGACUCUGUAGUUUAAAAGAAAAAUAUGCACUGUUGUUUGUGAUUGAAGGAAACAUUAUUAUUCUGUUGUGAUGUGCCAAAAGAGUAUUAUGUUAUCUUCUUGCGUUUUAACAUCAUUCUCUAGUGAAAACAAAGGAAAAAUAAAAAUUGCCUGAAAUAAAAAUUAACGGCAACAUCUGCAUUAUAUAUAAGAGAGGUGCCAUUGCCACAUGUAAGUACAGUAUGUAACACUAUUUUGGAAUAUAUGUCACUUUUCAGAAUUUGCUAGACAGACAGAUGAGUUGGAGCAAAAUCAUGAUCAGGAGCAGGGUCAUGGCCAGGACAUGUCAAGUCAGGAUAAUUCAGAUGAUGACGAUGAUGAAGCCACACUAAGAGAACAGCUUCUCAAGUCUUUGGCUGUGAAAAGAAAAGCUAAACUGGAUGUCGGGGUAAAAUAUGUUAAAAUAAACUUACAUCUUGUACAAAUGCACAAUGACUUCUGUGCACAGUAUCAAAAUUAUUAGAAGCAAGUUUCAGUUUCUUUGAUGUUUGAAUCCCUUGAAAUCCAUUUCUUGCUUUUCCAAGUGUAGAGUUUUUUUGUUUUUCAAAAAAAGAGCUUAUUUCAAGCAAAAGUCCAAAUUAAUAGUGGUAACAGGACUGAGUGGAGUCUAAUUCAGUCUGUAAUCAUACAAGUGAUUUACAAAAUCAGACGGCCACAAGGCAUGACAUGUUCUGUCCUAUUACACUUUCCUAUUAGUGCUGAAAUCAGGACAGUUGAUAGCCAAUCAGAUUUGAGAAUUUUGUUAUAUUUAUGACUAGUACCAUAAUAAUUACUUCUACUUUCUCAUACUGAGUUCAAACUGUCAUGGAAGUUACUGUCAACAAAAUGAUUGUGAUAUUCUGUGAAACAAUUUAAUGUUGCAUUAAUUUUCUUAUUUAGAAGGAAACCAAAUCUUCUCCAAAACAAUCCAGCAGUUCAAGUUCACGUGUACAAUCACCAACUAUGGCUGCUAACAAUGAACAACUGAAAAAGCUUCAACAGAAUUCUCGACAGGUAUUGUAAGUUAUGGGUCUUAAGCCGGCAAUCAAAGGCUUUAGAGUUUCCUGUGAAAAUGUUUUGAUAUUGCAGUCUUGCAUCUUUGCUGCUAAUCACUGCAAGACCCUUUCAGACUUUUGAAGAUUGGCAAUUUGAAGCAAUCUUCACUUAUUCCCCUUGAAAUUGAAAUUAGACUGCUUACUGCGCUUUUCACAAACAUGCGAACUCUAAAGUUCAAAAGCUGCCUUCACAAUUGCGUUUUUCGCUGCUUUCAAUCAUAAUUACGAUCACAAGCAACGAACCUGGAAACGCAGAAACACACAAAACGGUUCGAAAUUCACCAAUCACAAAUCAUAAACCUUGACCUAUUGAACCCGUUAAAGUAAAGUUUUGUUUCCUAAGAGGUCUGUUAAGAUGAUAGACGGCAGCGAAAAACGCAAUCGUCAGUUGGCUUUUGAACUUCAGAAUUCGCACGUUUGUGAAAAGCGCAGUAAAAAACAAUAGCAUCUCUUGAAAAUUAGCCUAAGUUUUCAGUUGUAAUCCAUGUGAAUGACCACCUAAGAACAGUCUUUAAUGCGUAGUUUACUGUUAUUCUGUAUUUUCUGCUAAUUUUAAAUAUUAAUACUUUUUUUGAUAUUUUCUUCAAUCUUAGAAUAGUUUUUAACCGUUUAAAACAAAAUAACUCAAAAUAUCUUGACAGAGCCUCUUUAAGGUAAACAUGCUGUAAAUGCCAAACAACUUCUGUGUUUGUUUUCAAGGUACAUGUACAAGUGCAUCGUUGUUCAUAGCUUCCUUAUGGUGAUAAUUGUUUAGGUCCUCAAACAAAAAUGAAAAAAAUAAUAAAUUGAAGAUAAUGGAAUGGAAGUUUGAUAUGACAACUCUUUCAACUUGGCCUCAUUCAUUCUCACAGGUGUCAUUUGUUGCGCCCCCUAAGCAUGAGCCAGUGGUCAUAAAGCUGGGAGAGGAUUCAGAUUCGGAAUCAGAUCGAUCUGAUGCCGAGUCUUCAAAGAAAAAAGUCUCCAGCAAUAAAAAGGCUGGGAAUGGUUUAUUUGGAGGACUGGAAAUGAUGAUCAAAGAGGCUAGAAAGUCUGCAGAGGUAAGCAGAAUACCAAUAGUAUGGAGUGACUUACACACUGUUGUUUCAGGCUUUUGUUAUAGCGUGAUUGCAUGGUACACCAUGUUACAACUGUACGUGCACAAGGCUGUGCUCUAUGAGAAAUUGAAGGGAGCCCAGUGCUCUGAACGUGUGAAAUCCAAGGCACUCAGCAUAUGAUUUGAGGAAAAAAAGUAAGAUUUUCUAGUAGCCCAAGAGCAAAAGUUAGCCACCACACGCCACUGGGUGCUGCAAGGGUACAGCCCUGGUGCUUUAUUAUUAUUUCCAAAGAAAAGUGAUUGGAAUUAGACAAUGAAAAAUCUUAGGAUUAUUGCAAAAAGCAAUUGACCAGAAUUUUCCAUUGUCUCACUCUUUUUAGAGCAUACAAAUGACCCUGUCAAAAUGUUCAAAACUAAAAAAUGCUGUGGAAUCACUCACUGUUCUACACGUUUUUGACGUUUUGCAGAAAUGUACCAUUGUGUUGAUUACUUUCAAUAGUUUUCUAGUCCUAGCAGUUUCUAAAGUUCAACCUAUGCCCUAAUAGUGCACAUCAAAAGUUCUGCCCCAUAAAUUCAAUUACAAGUUGUCCGACAGGCAAGCAACACUUACCAAGAUAUUAGAAAACGGGGUCGCAGGUUAUAACAAAUUUUUUGAUACUCAACUCACCCUGCUUUAGAUGACAUCUCAGCACAAUGUUUGGCUACAUAAGAACUUACUUAUGUUCACGCUUUACUGGAUUGCUUUACCUUCGACAAGAAAAGCUAUCCAGUAUAUAAAGGGUUUAGUUUAUCAUUUGUCUCACGAUUGUCACUUUGAUAGUGAUUGCGACGUUUCGACUGCACACUGCAGGUCUUCCUCAGGAGAUAGUGUUGAUUUACUGAGUCAGACUACAUGUCUGUGGUCGAAACAUUCAGAUCAAUAUCAAAUUGACAAUCAUGAGACAUACGAAAAACUAAACCCUUUAUACAUGUUAUCCAUGAUGAUUGAUAUCUUUCAUGACACUAUCUGGUAUAAUACAAGCAGUAAUGGCACAGAACUGGAACACACACAUUGAAAAUCAUGUCGAAGCGGUUGGCUGAGAGGGUUUGGUUCUGCAAAUCCAGAUUCUCACUCUUGAAUAUUUAUUUAUUUACCGUACUUACAUCUCAGUGGUUUCUAGUCCUCUUUCCUAACCUAUUCUCUUCUGUUAUGGUCCAAAUACCUGUUGACACUACACUAAAGUGUGGUGCAAAACCUACCGGUAUCGAUAUGUGAUGCUCCACUUUCGAGACCAGCACAGCCCUUCUCUGUUACAGAAAUCAUGCUGAAAUGGCUGCUCUUACGUGUGAACAGAAACCCUUUCUGGUAUGAUUAUCAUGCCUGCUCAAAAGCUAUCUGGUACAGCUGUAUAGUGUGAAUAUACCAUAAAAUUCCGAAAAUAAGCCCCCGGGCGUAUAUUUUUCAAAGGCCCUUUUUGAGGGGCUUAUUUUUAGAGGGGCUUAUAUUCGGAGGGGCUUAUCUACGGAGGGAAAUUUGCAUUUUAAAAUCGAUUGAACUAGCUAGCCUCAUAGUUGGAAGUAAGUUUACCGUUUUUGCUUUGUUUUACCUUUGUAUUUGAGGGCAAUUUUCCCCAAAUUGAGCACCAGAAUUCGAGUUUAGUCCUUUCUGUGUGUUUUCCCUUUGUCAAUUGUUGUUCUUCUUCUGUUACUAAUUCAGCUUAAUGUUGAGACAGGAAUGCAUACUUGAAUUUUUUGUCAAUUUUCAGGCUUCCAAGGUAAAAAGUAAUGCAGAUGCAGAAUCAUUACAAGAUGACACAGUUAACCCAUCCAGAACAGACCUGCCACCUGAACCCAAGACUCCAGAUGCAAUGGAUCAUAUGCCUGAGCAAAUGAAAACUGAGUACAGAAGGCUAAAGGAACAGUUAGCCAUGCGUGAAAAGACCAGGCAGCCACUUGCCAAUGUUAACCAGGAAAAAGGUACUAAAUUAUAUGUUGAAGUUAAUUAAAUUAAGGUAAUUUUUAUUUGUCCUUUGUUUCAACUUCAUUAGCAUACAUUACCAUACCCAAAAACCAAAAAAAAUUAAAUUACCUGCAAUAAAAAAUUGACGACAACAUUGGACAUUAUGCAGUCAAACCCUGCUUUACAGACUCCCACGUAACCCUUUAAGUCCCAAUAGUGACCAAGAUCAAUUUCCUCCUAUCAAUAUCCAUACAUUGUCAACAGAUAAGUUAUGAGAAUUAAUAAAAUGAUCACCCAAGUAAAAAUGCCUUGAUCUUUUAUCAAAUUCUCUCAACUGAUUCUUUAAGGAAACGUAUGGAGAUCAGUUUGGAGAAUUUGUAUGUGAAUACUGGGGCUUAAAGGGUUAAUAUGGACACCUCAUUAUGAUCGACAGUUUGCCUUGCUUCUGGAGAAAGGAAGCCUUUAUAUUUUGUCUAAAUUCAACCCACUUAAUAUGGACACUUUCUAUGGCCCCCUCAGUGUUUAUAUUGACAUGAUUUGACUGUACAUUCCUACCCUCGUAAGUACAUGUCUGGUAAAAGGCAAUCCCACUGUCUGAUCUAAUCUAUUGCUACCUGUUUAAAUUUCUUCUCCUUCUACUUACGUUUUCCAGGGAACCCUGUUUUCAAGUUUUUGAAUCUCUGUUCUGAUCAUAAAUUUGUUAUUUAAUACAGGAGCAUUGGAUUUGAUUCCCUCACUUUUAAGAACGUGCUGUUCAUGUAAAAAUCUUUAGCACCUUUACUCAGACAUUCUGUUUGCUUUGUAAAGAAGUUAGAAAAAAAUCUACGGUGUGGCUCAAAAUCUUGGACAGCUAUCAAUGUGCUUCAGGUAACUAUUACAUGUAUAAAUUUGUUGUCUUUUUUUUGUAGAAGAUAGUUGUCAGAUAUCGGCAUCUGAAGAUCAAGCCGAAGAUUCUAUUGAAGAUGACAGUAGCCACUUACAAAAACUCCACAGUUAUGUGACAGAGUGUGAAGAGAAUCUCACCAAGCACAAGUAAGCUUCUUACUCGAACAUUAGAAUUCAGUAUCUUUCUGACGGUAAAACUGAUUGUCAGUCAGUUUCAAGGCCAUAUUUUUUGUGUGACUGCCAUUAAUACUAACUGUUAUUAUCAUGCCCUUACUUUCCCCUUCUGUUUUAAAAAAUCUUUUUCACCUCUUGCAUUAUUGGCACUUUAUAGUCCUUUCUUGGAAAAGUACAGUUUUGUUUGAAUCUUUCAUUUCAAUCCUAAUAUACCAGUAGACAGCAAAGAAAAUAAAGGUUUUAAGGUUUAAAGAUGGUGAUGGAUAUCGUUAUUCACUGGAUAAAUCACUUUCUAGGGUUUUUGGUCAUCUUGCCACCAACAAAAUCACCACCAAGAAGUCUACUUCUUUAAUAACCUGCAGUUAAUUUUAAUCUGUCAGCCGAAUGUCUGUUGGUGAACUGUCAAUCGACAGUCUAAUGACAGUUGUACUGGAGAAACCAGUUGUGCUAUCCAUUGGAUAGUUCCAAAACAUGGCACUAUCCACCCUUGAGCAACUGGAGCCAGCUUAUACACUGUAGUUUUAGCUCAAUAUGCUAUCAAGCUGUAUACCAAGAAUGACCGUGUCAUUUAAACAAAUAAUAUUAUCAUAAAUGCAGAGAAAGCUUGUUUCAGUAUUGUGCCACUUGGUUUGUCUUUAAGACUCCAUUGACAUGAAACAUGAUAUCACAGUUUGGUACUUGGCUUUUCUUAGUGCUUUAUUACCUGCAUUAUGACUUAAUGUUAUAACAUCUUUUAUCUUUCAGGACGUUUAUCCAAAAAGACAAAGCAAUUUUAAAUAAAACACUUAGUGAAUUGAAAGAAAAAAGUCGCUCACUUCAAGCACAAGAGGAAAAUGUGAGCAAACUUCGCCAACAGCUUGAGGCUGCUCAGAAAAUUGCUCUUGCUAACAGAAUGCUGAUAAACAGGCUGCGCAAUCAGGCAAAGGCAGUGAAGGAAAAAGUUGGGAAGAAACAGCUUGCAGCAAGCAACUUUGAAGAAGACCUUCUUAGAGCCAAAAGUAUUCUAUCAGCGGUAAGAAGGAAAAUGCCUGAUGUGGGAGAUACAGGAUCUGGGCGAAACAGCCCCCAAAUGGAUUCUUUAUGUGGUGUUUGCAAUGAAAACCAAAAGUUUAUGAUCACUUCUGCUACUGCUCAGGAGAUACAAAGUUCACUUGCAGCAAAGCUUGACAAGUUGUCUGCUUUAUCCAAAUUGGAAAAUAGGGAAAAGAGGAAGCUUGAAGGAAAUAGUGACUCUUCAGAGGAAACGGUGAGUUGUCUUAGAACAUAUUGCUUACGAAUAUCUAUCGGUUUUCUAAUAUUAUUAUUUUGCUUUGUUAGGUUUCCAAGAAAGCAAAGCCAGCUUCCAGUCUACCAGGAGAGGCGAGUCCUGCUUCUUCAGGACCUGGCACACCAAGAAAGUCUGCAGUGGCUGAGCGUCUUGCACAAGAAAAAGCACGGCUCAAAAAACUUGAACAUGAACUAUUACUGAAGCUUAAGUCAUUUGGAAGACACCAGGAGGAAGAUAAGAAUCAUCCUUCAUUGAGCAAGCAAUCACAAAACAAUGAUAAUACUGAACUUGAGAGAGUUGAUGCACAAAAGAUGAGGGCUCAACAGUUGAGUGAUGGUUCAGGUAAGCAAGUUUUGGAGUCCAGAGAUCAGCAUCUUCAGCUUCCUGCAGGUAAUGAUAAGGAUGCCUCACCAAAAGACACCCAAAGUCAAGAAGUGAAAAAAAUAUCCAUUUCUCCUGAGCAGUUGGAAUGGAUCAGAAAAUUACAGGUCAGUGUCAUGUUUUAAGUGAAGGUUUAGUAUAGAGAGGAAGAGUUGUGAUGUCAUGUUGCCACAGUAGCAAAAUGUCUGGAUGACAACAAGCCAAAACGUCACUUAAAAAGUGGAUUCGCACUGUUUCAAGCUUCAUCGAUCUUAUUUAAUUUGUAAAUGUUGGUUAAAUAUUCUGGGUUGAAUCCAGAAGUACCGUAUCUAAGUAAAGAAAAGGAAGAAGAAAAUUUUUGUGUUGUGCUCACCUACUCCAUAAAGCGGGCACAUGCAAUUACAAAGUUUCAUGUCGCAGUUGUGCAAGAGUGGCUAAGAAAUGUACAAAAAAGCAUGAUGCUAGGUCAAAGUUGUUCUUUUGCCAAUCUAAACCUAUUACUUUUUGGCUGUUUGCCGUUGCAAAUACUUCCUAUUGUUGUGAUCCAGAAAUUUUGCUACCAUGGUAACAUGACAUCACACUUCUCCUCUCUUUUGUGUGGUGUAGUUAAAUGUAAUUACCUAAUGUUAGUGAGUAUGGACAAGCAGUAUCAUCAUACUGUUAAGGGUGCAUGAUUUCAACUCAGUCCCCCUUAUGUUGAAAUCCCUUUGGGGGGCCUGUUUCUCGAAUUUCUCAGUAAUUAUUCGGGCCAUGAAAUAAUAUUCAAAUCAAACUCUUAAGGAUAAAGUGCAUUUUUUUUUUUUAAAAAAAAGUCCAUUUUGUUUUGUUAACAAGUGUGUGAUGUAGUUUUGAGGGUUGUUCAAUACUCACAAAUAGACUGCAUUGGUGUUAGUGGUGAUAAGAAGGGUCUCCAUUGGUACCAAUGGUACGAUUGGUACCAACAGAAAAUGAUGUCAUUCGCAUGGUUCUACUAGUGAAUAUGCAUCUUAUUAAGGGGACUUAGAUUAUUUUCUCCUGUGCUCUGGUUGGGCACAGGGCAAUUCCAAUGGUCCGUUAUUACAUUGGAAUGACAUCAUUUUCUAUUGGUACCAAUCGAACCAUUGGUACCAAUGGACUAUCAGUUUGACAAAUCGUAUCCGUUUGUGUUUAUUGGACAUGUGUGGUAGUUUUAUCCUAUUAUCUGCAAAACUAUUGAAACCUUGAUCUUGAAUGUCAAUAAAAACGGUUUUCUGAGGCUGGUAAUAAUUGGGACUUUUGUGACAUGGGAUCCUGACCAGUAGAUGGUGUUGUUCCUGUUAGCCCAUAAAGAAUACCUGUACAUGUACAAUAGUUCAUUUAGUUCUUGGGCAUCUCCUAGGGUGAAAAAGAGAAGAAUGGUCAACACUUUUCAGGCUUAAGUCCUGAUGUCCCAGCAGUAGCAGCUCACCAGCGUUCUACACUGUGUGUUUGGUUACCAUUCGAUGGUGACCUGUCAAGCACAGUAACUGAUGAUGACACUGGUGAUUUGUGCAAAGAGCAGGAGGGAGGCACGAGAUCUGUGGCUGAAGAACCAAGUGGAAAAGAAAGUAAUGAUUUGAUUUCCUGUCCUCUGGAAAAGUACCAGAGCCUGUUGAGAUACUUCAGGUCUUACAGGUAUAUGUGGAUGAGUUUUGUAAGGGCCUGUUUACACAGAAGUGGGGGACCCCAGAUAGGUGAGGUAACGUGCGGUGGGUUAAACCACCUAUCAUGUACACUGUAAAAUUAAUGUGAUCAAACUAAAAUGAGAGAUUAUGUGGACAGGCAGGUUAUCCCACCUAAGCAGGUUACCUCACCUACCUGCGGUCCCCCCCUCCAUGUAAAGAGGCCCUAAAUGUAUACAGUUGUAGAAAACAAAAAUGAAGUGGUCACUGAGUAAUAAAAAAACACUUUAAGACUGGUCUCAAGAGAAACACUUCAUUUUGUUUCCCGAAAAUCUCAAGUACAGGGAAACAAUAUUAACUGCAACCCAACGUCCAUGUGCAACCAUGUCUUUUGCUUCAACAUUGUUUCAUGUAGACUGACUUUUCAACCUUUGCCGUUUUGAAGAUCGGUACCUCGGUCAGAAUUUUUACUCUUGAAUCGAAGAUUGUUUUGGAUAGUUUUCAAUUCUCAGGAUUGUCACUAAAAUUUCAAGUUGCCAGGUAAAUUCAUGUAAAACACAUAGGAGGGGAAUCAAACAGCUAGGGGUUUCUUUUGGUUCUACUUUUCAUCUAUUUUCCUUUGAAAGUAGCCAGGGGCCACAUUCAUAGUAGCCCCCACGUCUUAAUGACAGUCCUGAAUUCCUCAACUGAAGAAUGGAUAUUGAAGCCAUUGAUGACCUCUUUAAAGAGGCUGUGUCAUGACUGUCUAGUUCAUUGGGUUAACCCUUCAGGUCGCACAAGUGACCAACAUCAAUAAUAUUUUCUCCUAACAACAUCAACAGAUCAUCAAGAGUGAAGGUUAUGAGAAUUGCUAAAUUGAUUAAAAAAGGGAGAAUGCUUUGAUCUUAAACCAGAUUGUCUCAACUAUUCUUAAAGGAAAUGUAUGGAGAUCUGUGUGGAGAAUUUGUAUGUGGAUCUUGGGGCUUAAAAGGUUUUAUUUAUUGCCAAUAACAUGCUUAAGGAAUUGAAUGUUAGUGAGGAAUAUACUCUCAAUGACUGACAAAAUCACAGCUUCUUAUCAUGCAAAUAUCUCUCCCAAAGUAUUGUACCAAAUGUUACAAACAACAAAAUGAACUUUGACAAACAGUGUCAAGCUAACAAGUUAUCAAAAAUGUCAAUUGCAAUCCAUUUUAAUCUUCCUCAUGUUUGUCUAUCCGUGCCUCCUUUUGUAUUUGCUGUGUUAUUUAUAUAGUCUUUUAAUGUUUUGAGCAGUUUUUUUAACCCUUUAAACCCUAAGAUCAAAAUUUGAAUUCUCAUUUGUUGCCCCUAUUCAUUUCCUACUGAAGUAGUGGGGAGAAGUUAAUAAAAUAUCAAGCAACUUCAUCUUGUGUGAUCAUGUCUGUAAUUCUCAUGACCACUCUGUUUUACAAAGCUUUGACAUUACAAGGAGAAAUUUUAUGCUGAUCACUCUUAGGGCUUCAGGGUUAAUGUUUCACUCAAUUUUGUGGUAGCCCUCACUGCUGGAAUUUUGAUAAACUUCUUGACACAGCUUCUUUAAGUUCAAAUUUUAUUCUUCCUAGGAAAACUUGAACAGACUUUCCUGUACCAUAAUAUUAAUCCUAACAACUGCAUAUGUUGUUUGUUUAUAGAUUAAGCCCUUACUUCAGAAUUGAACAAGGAUUGUCUCUCACCUCUUUAACAUUUUCAAAUAAACUGAACUUCAAUUGGCCACUGUGCAAUUUCGAUCUGCAAGGCAAAUGCAAUGACGAGGACUGCAAUUUCCAGCAUUUUGCUCAAUGCAAAUUAUCAAAGGAACAAACACUGCAAGAUUUGGCCUCUUACAAUCCAAAUUUCACUGUUGAAAAUCAAGAAUUGCAAGAGAUUCAGGAAAGUAUUGAGUCUUUCACGAAAGCUUUUGCAAAACAAUAUCAAGACAAGAUGACUUGGGAAGAACUUUGUAUAUUACUUGCAAAUGAUUUGAGGAAAACCCGAAAGGGUAAUGGACCAUUUAAUAUCGCUCUUCAUCCUCGAAGUUGGAGACUAAAGCAGAGGGAUAAAAAAGAGGAAGAAAUCAUAGAAGACAGUAUUCCUGAUUUAGGACGGGGAAUUGUUUUUGUUAAGAGAGACAAAAUCCAUGGUGCAGUUACACAGACUAGAGAGACUGCCAAGAAAAAAGCAAGGCCUGUAAAUGAAGAAAGGUAAGUCUUCUGUUACAGUGAUGUGUUACACAGUAUGUUUGAUGGCCAGUUGCACAAAAUUAUCCUGAAUUUUCAGUUAACUGAAUGAUUGUCGUGACAGAUAAUUGUUCAUCAUGGGUAAUGUGUAUAAAGGGUUUUGUUAUCAUUUUUCACAAUUGUCACAGUGACUUAGAUAUUGAACACAACCUUUUGCAAUAAUGUCGAUUUUACUGAGUAGAACUAUUUGUACCACCAUGUUUGUUAAUCACUCACAUUUUUUAAAUGGACACCAUCGUCUUAUGAAGACCUACAGCACAUGGUCGAAAUGUCACAAUCAACAUCUAAGCGACAUACAAUAUUAUUGUGAGGCAAACGAUAAAUGAAACCCUUUAUAACUGAUUGAUUAUUUAUAAUUGUCACUCACUUCCCUCCACAAAAAUGUACAGGGGAUUACUUAUAAAUGCCCUUGAUGAGGUCCUAGAAUGUAUCUUAUUACCAAUGCCAUUGCUCCCUUAACACUGAAAAAAUACCCUUUUUAAUGUAGGCCUCACAACAUAAUUAUCCAAUAUAUACGUUGUAUUAUGGUUUGUUUGUUCAAGGGCUUCAUGGUCAUGUGUAAGUGCUUCAAUACGCAAAAGAAAGGAAUUAUAUUAUGUUAACUUCAUGAUGUUAUCCAAAACUGGAGGGCAGUUGGGUGUUGUGUUCGUCCCACUGAAGGUGAAAGUUAUGGUGCAGGAAUUAUGUAUCUGUAAGCACUACUUUUAGUAUUUCCAAAAACCUUUCAAUUGAUUGGUCAUCAAGGAAUUAACUGCAAACUCAAAGGUUUGAACUGCAUUACAUACAAGUAGUACAUGUAUGUUUGUUAUUGACUGUGGUAAAGCGUAGGAAUAAGCUGGAAGUGCAUGAAACUUUUGAGAGUCAUUGUCUUGCUCAUGUAUUGCAGCCAGGAAAUACGCUACUUUGUGGAAGAAUACAACAACAUCGAAACCCUUGAAGAUUCAUUGGAAAACUCGCCUACUGAUGUAGCUUUAUGGAUUACGCUUGCAAGGUUAAAGCUUCAUGAGAAACCUGUUGAUAUCAACACAGAAAAUGAGGACACCAUCAGGAAUAAUAUUGCACAAGCGCUUAGUACCCUGUCAAGAGGAUUAGAGGAAAACACCCAUUCAGAGGUAAAUGUUAUGUCUUAUUAUAUCCAUUUUGAAAGCACUGGUGAUCCCUGCAAUCUGAUUGGCUCUCAGCAGUGUGAUUUAUUUAUGAUUAAAUGGCACCAUUUUCUCUCUAUAUUGGAUCAUUUCUGUUUGGGUACAAAAUGAGAUGUAAAAGCCGUUUUGUUUCCUCUUUUCAACAAACCGGCUACUAGAUCAAAUAAAUAUUGGUACUGACUGAAUUUUGCAAUUUCAAAAUGGCUAUAAUAAAGUGGUAAUUGAACUUCAUGUUGUGUCUUUUUUGUCUGAAAAUUAAUUAUACUUAUUAUUUCAAAUCGGACUCGCACGAUUUUUAAAUCACGCGUAUGGUUUCAGACCAAAUUGCACUCCACUCAGUUUAAUUACCGUUAUGCAUUGUCUAAUAACACCUUUUAUUCCAAGGCCAAUUUAUGGCAAGAGUAUUUUUUCACUCCUACUUUUAAAUAGCCUGCAUAGCAAGCAUUUCUGCUCAAGGUAUUGAGAGAAACUUGAUCAUCAGUUGAUCAUCUCAUCAUGAAAACUGCGCAAAGUAAAUUCUUAAUCAUUAAUUAUUAUUAAUUAAAAGUUGCAGGUAGAGGACUGAGAAGAAGAGGAAACUCCUUCUUUCCCCUCCCCCUCCCCCUUCUUUUAUUCUCUUAUUUAAUUUUGUUUUUUGCUCUCAUUCCAGAUUUCACCCAUUAACACGAGCAGAAAUGCUUGCUACACAAAUGUGCGAGCAGAUUCCUAAUUAAUGACCCCUCUUUAACAGAUCUUUUAUAUUGUAGUUUUUUAUUUUUUAGGAAAUUAUGUACUUUUUUUUCAAAAAGAAGUUGGAAAUUGCUAGUGAAUUUUCUCCUUUGGUAUCUUUUAGGAUACAAAAAAGGUUAAUACUUUUCUUGAUUUCAUGUUUGCAAAAGUGUUCGGAAAGUGUCAGCUACUAUGGCCUUUCAAGCAAGCACAGUGACCAAUAUUAUAUCAUUUUUAGUGUCAACUCUUGCAGAAUUUACCAUAUUUGUCAAAAGCAGCAUAAUGUUUGUUUUGUAACUUUCUUGUGCAGGAAUUGUGGCUGGAGUACUUGGAAUUAUAUUCAUCACAGAGCACCCAAGAUGAGCUCCGUGAGAUCUGUGACCAGGCAGUAGAGUACUCACCAACAUACAGUGUAUGGUGGCAGUAUUUGGAGUAUUCGGAAACAUACCAUGCCAAGAAGACUGUCUGUUUGCGUCUGUUGUCCUUUCUUGUAGAAAACCUUGUUGAUCCAAGAGAACUGCACUCACAUCACAUUCUUGAGACACUUCUUUACCUGGUUCAACUUGAACUGUACUCUGGACACUACAAAUCAGCAUUAGCUGUUUUCCAAUCAGCGAUAGCUAAGAAACGGAACUCGUCAGAAGUUGCUGAUCUAUCUGUUCACAUGUUACCUUCUGAUUGUUGUCUUGCUUGGUUAGCUUACAUUCACGUAUUUGAAUUUCACCGACUUCCUACACCCUGGUUUGACCCUCAACAAGGCAAGCCUUCCAGAAUGGUAACAAAAGAAGAUUUUGUGUUCCCUUGGAAGCCAUCAAAACAAUCCAGAGCCUCUGGAGAAAAAUUGCUAGCAUUGUUUCAAGGUACAUGUGUAUCGUUAUGUAAAAGUAAUCAGUUUUGUAGCUCCAGUGCACAAGCAGUGCCUUUAAGUUCAAUUUUUGUUUUUGAGCCAGCUUUUAUUUCUUGAUACAGUAUUCCAUGGUCACAAAGCAUCUAGAUAUUCAUGCAAAGUUUUGCAAGGUUUAAAAUCUUGACAAAGUUAGUUACUGAAAAUGCAGCUACAGUACUAUUUCUGUGUGAUAAUUUAUUGGUAGAAUAUAAACUGUUUGAGCACCUUUUCUGUUUAUUUAGUUUGUUAGUUGUUUUUUUUUCUUGGUGUUAUAUCAGGGCAGAAAAUAAUGCUAGAUACCCUGGGAUAUGGAGUAAAAUGUUGAUCAGCAGCUGUAGGAUAUGUUUAUUGCAAGUUGUCUGAUGGUCAAGUUUGUUUGUUAGCUUCAAGUUUUUAACUUAAUAAUGUUCUGUGCUUGCUCUUCUGAGUGCAGGUCUAGAAAAAUGAACAAAAAUUCUUGCUUAGGGAAACAAGUAUUUAUUUCUAUUUUCAACUCACCUUGCAGAUGCUCUAAAAGCCUGCACUGCUUUAGUGAAAUCAUCUUCCUCCAGACUUAAUGUUUGCCUGCCACUUUACAAGAACCUAAUUGCAUUGGAGAGAGCAUAUGGUAGAAUAAGCUCUGCGGAGGGAAUCUGCCGUCACCUGCUGAAAGACAAUCCAUCUGUGGUGGUACUUUGGUUGUGUCUGGCAGCACUUGAAGAUGCCAUGAAGAAGCCAGGAGAGGUAGAGAAGGUGUAUAAGGAAGCACUGCUGAGAUGCAAGUGUCAUGCUGAGGUGUCCUAUAGUGCUGCUCGCUAUUAUCUGGAGCAGGUUCGUGAGAGACACAGUUCUAUUUGUGGAAUUUUUGGAAAGGCUUUUUAAGGUCCUUGAAUCCCAUAAUUAUGUCUUUGGAAUGGUGAGAAAGAGGGUAGAUUUUUUGUUGUUUUUGAUUUUGUAGCUGUUACUGCCUCAUCCUACAAAUUCUGGUUUAACCUUGUAGGCCUUCCUUUUCGUUUUGAAUGUCAUAACGUUGCUUAAUCUAACAUAGAGAUUGAGAGAAUGAUCCUUUGAUCGGUAAACCAGACUUAUAGAAAUAUGGAGAGAAAAGUGCAGAGAUUAUGCAUGUUGAUAUUAAAAUUGAAAGGGUUUUCGUGGUUUUUGUAUGACCGGUGACAUGUUGGAUGCUUUACAUUAAAAGGUUUGUUUAUACAGUCAACUCUCUCUAAGCCGGAUACCUUUGGGACUGGCACCAAGUGUCUGUCUUAGAGAGAUGUCCAUUAACCUUUUAAGCCCCAAGAUCCACAUGCAAAUUCUCCAGACUGAUCUCCAUAUAUUUCUUUUAAGAAUAUUGAGAGAAUUUGGUUUAAAAUCAAAGUAUUCUCCCUUUGGUAAUCAAUUAAGUAAUUCUCAUAACCUUGACUCUUGAUGAUCUGCUGAUGUUGUUAGGAGAAAAUUGAUGUUGGUCACUCUUGGGACCUAAAGGGUUAAGAGAGAGUCGACUGUGGUGGAAAGUGCACUUAGCUUAUCCAGCUAGUUUACAGGCACUCCACUCGAAUAAUUUUAAGCAAAUCAUUCAAAUAGAAUAUAAUUAUCAGUGUUUUAAAACCCAAUUGGCUAUUUACAAGCAUGGCUGAGGAUUUGGACUCAGGAGAACUGGGAACAAAUCCAGCCGGUGGACUUGAACCUUGUACCUCUGUAUUUCAAGUCCAACUCAUUGACCACUCGGCCUCACUGCCCCCUACAUUGCCUUUUUUCUGUCCACAGGGUGAAGUGCAAAAAGCUGUAACAGUUCUUGUCAAGUGUGUAUUGAACAAGUUUGCAUCAGACAGUAAGACACCUGAGGGUGAGGUACUCAGCUUAGCUGCUGCUACCCCUUCUGAGCAUAAUGGACCUGAUCCAAUUGCCCUGUACCGCCGACUUUUAUCACAGCCACUUCCUUAUGACUACAAGUGUCCUUCACUCAUGCCAGGAGUUUUACCGCAGAGCUUGGGAAGAGAGAAGCUCUUUUUGUGGCUCUCCUAUUGGUAAGUUGAUGGUAAUAAUAAUAAAUUUUAUUAGUAGUAGUAUUAAGUAUUAGUAUUAUUAUUACCAGUAAGCUCCUGAGUGUGGACCAUCAAGCAAGAAGGGAAACCUAGACUUGGUACUUGUCAUUCUUCGUUUAUUUUCGUUUACUUGUUGUAAGUCGGACAGCUCUCAAUAACAACGGUUUCUUUCUUAGAGAGACUGGGCGGUAGGUUUUUUAUUUUCCCGGAUUGCUCCUGGGGUUAUUGACACUUCUGGCCAUUGCCAUUCACAAAUGUCCAAGCAUGUUGUCUGAUUUGUUUAUUAGCUUGUUACUGGAGAUUUCACCACCAACCUCAUCUGAGUGGGACAACCUGACACCAGAUGCAGCAUUUGAGACAGCAGUGCACAGCCCUUUAGACAGACAAGACAUCCAAAUACUGUGGACAGAAUAUCUACUCUACCAGAGAUCCAAAGUCCUGAAGAGAGACAAGUCAUCAUCAGUGUCAGGGCAAUCCAUGGAUGAACUAGUAAACAGAUGCUUGAUUUCAGUGAGCACCAGUAGCUCUUUGCCUCAUUCAUCAAGUGCCGUAUGGCAAGACCACAGGUUUCAUAAUCAGGUAAGCUAUAACAAAAUUGAUUUAACAACUGCAUCUAUGAAUAGAGGUUGGGUGCCUGUAGUAUCCAGGGACUACCACUCUUGGUAGCCAGCCCCUAGAUUGAAUAAUGUCCCCAUGGCUGGCACACCGGCGCAACACAGCCAUGAGCCCCUACUUAAAAGGAAACAAAACAGGCACACGUCAUACUGAAAAUAUAAUCAGUGGAGAAGAAACCCCUGAUUAAUUUAGGUUUCUGGGAAACUACCCACCUACCCCUCCCCUAAGCCAGCAGUUUGCCUUAAGUGGGAAGUAAGUGAUAAUGUUGACUUUUAAUAGGGGAGGGGUGGGUGGUCAAUUUCCCAGAAAGCUAAAUUGAUCCGGAAACACAAGGAGGGGAGAAGAAUUGGCUGAAAGAAACCUUGUGGCAGGAACAACGCAGCACGAAGGAAAACUCGUCACAUCACGGAAUCACGCGAAGGAUGUUGAGGACUACCAACCGACCGCGGACCACUAGCGCUGAAGACGCUCUUAGUUAUUACCGGAAAUCCUUUGUUAAGCCCUCCUUCUCCAAUAAGCCAGUAAUGUAGGAGCUGCUCGUAAGCCCCCCCCGCCCCCGCGGCGAAAAAGGGCUUGAUAGUAUUGGGGAGUAAACCCUUAAAUCAUUUCGUUACAGAAAAUCACUUUCUGUUAUUAAUGCGAGUCGUCACAGUUUCCAGUUUAAUUUUAAUAAACUGGUUCAAGUUCCUAGGCUCGCUACAUUAACAAAAGUCUUACUCACCUGGUUUGGUUUCUUAUAACAUGCUGGGUCUUCAGACUUUGACAUCUGUGCAGUUUCGCAUAAUCUCCUUCGUAGCCCCUCGGGCUGGAGUCACGCAAUACUCCGGGAGCAUUGCGUGACUCCGGCCCCAGCGGCUGCUAAGGAGAGUAAGUGUUAAUUAUCCUCAAGAGUGUGUUAUAAGUGCCUGGAGGUAACAUUCGUGGUGAUAUUAGAGUGCGUUAACCCCUCAAACCCUAACAUCAAAAUUCAAAUUCUCAUUUGUUAUCUCUAUACGUUUUCAAUAGAACUAGUGGGGAAAAUUUGUUGAAGUAUUAAUUAGAUUCAUCUAGUGCGAUCAUGUCCUUAAUUCUCAUGACCACUCCGUUUUACAAGCAUUGAUGUUACAAUGAGAAAUUUGAUGCUGAUCACUCUUAGGGCUUACAGGGUUAAGGUGUGUGGCCUGCAGGUUUUACUUGGUUGUGAUACUGUAUUUCAUAUGUCAUUAAUUCUUUCAGGUUAUCAGCAUCUCACUAAGCUGCAAGUCCCAGUCUUCUUGGUCAGCCUACUUCCAAAAAUACUUGAGAUUGUUCCCAGGGAACGUCAACUUAGCACUAUGGUAUGUUUUUCAGUGUAUACCGGGCUAGUUCAUAGUUGAGGAGACUGGUUAUGAAAGCUGAAGAACAUCAAAGAUGAAAACAACGGUGCUGGGGUUUAUGUUUAGCCUUCACACAGUAGUUCUUUUGGCUCGUCACGCAAUGCUCCCGAACGUGAGGCAGAAACGCGUCACGAACCCCGUAAGAACGUCCGCGCGGAAGGCUAGUUUAUGUUUGGAGCUCCCUGAUGGCGCAAAAUCUUCUGCUUUUUGUUCAUAAGUUGUAACCGUCAGUAUAUUUAUGUGACGUUUUUAUUGGUUAACAAGAUUAAAAUGAUAGGAAUGCUACCUUCAAGUCCAGGAAAGCUAACAAGGACAUAUAACAAAGAAGUCAGAUGGCUAACCAUGGCUAAUCAUGCGUCUCGACUUUUCAUUCAACUUGUUGACGCAACCAUUAAAAUAUUGUGCUGAGAAUUAUUUGCGGGGAAUAGUAGAUUGUUGCACUCGAUGUUGCCAAAAACAUUUCAUUUGGUAUGUUGCUCAAUUUAUUUUUACAGGUCCUGCAAGCAUGAAGUGGAGAAGAAAAAUCUUGACCAAGCAAAGAGAAUCAGUUCCUCAUUUCUUUCAGAACAUCCGCACUGUAUUAGCAUGUGGAAGGUGUACCAUUCAUAUGCUUUAUGCAUUUUCCACGGAAAACCUGUUUUAACAUUUCCUUUAAGAUGGCUGUUUCACUAAUUUUUACAUUUCUAUCUAAGGUCACGCAAAACGUUUUGGUAAAAAGAAACGUACGGCCUAGUUUUGUGUAGAAUGACUAAAAAAGUACAAUGAGAUAAUUUAUAGGCGAUGCGAAUCCUCAAAGUUUUUGACCCAAGCCUUUGAAGACUGUGGUUGGUUGUCAAAAUGUACUUGAAAUCUACCUCUUCAUAAUUGAAGAAACGUUUGUACGUUUAAGUGUUAAGGACUCUGUCAAAAACUUUAGCAGAGUUAAAAUCAGCCUGACAAACUGGAGCGCCUUUCUUCUUUGUUUAAGUAAGAACAUUCUUAUACUUUUUAGCUUUGAAAGCCUUGAUUUGAAUGACUGUCUUUCUUGUGUUGUGUGUUGUUUUCCUUUUUGUUCCUAACAGGGCUAUUUCUGUUGAAUUAAGGAGACAUUGCAUCAAGGAGGUAAAAAGUUUUUUUUCAUUUUUGCCGUGUCCAUGUUCGUCAGGUUUAGGAUAUGGGAAAAUCUAGUCUUGCCAAUAAAAAGUGUUAACAGUCAUUUAACAAUAACUAUCAGCCAUUAUUAUUAUUAUUACUAUUAUUAUUAUUUUAAAUAUCCGUUAUUAUUAUUAUUAUUAUUAUUAUUAUUAUUAUUAUUAUUAUUAUUAUUAUUAUUAUCAUCAUCAUCAUCAUCAUCAUCAUUGUAUUAGUGGGUAAAUCCUGUCUGUUUCCUAGGCCCGCAAGAUGUAUCAACAGGCCACUAUGGUUAUACCACUUGGUGCAACUCUCUGGAAAGAUGUAAAGUUCAUCAACAUUUAUUUUUUAUAUCAGCUUUGCUCUCCGAUCUUUUGCUGCUGUACCUUUGUUUUUGUGUUUAAUUCUUUUGUCGUUCAAGUUUUUCCUUUCCUGUCCUGAAAUUCAGGUUCAUUGUCCUCUUUCAUGUUCACAGUAUUUGAUGUUCGAGCUUGCCCAGAGUGGCGAUGGCCCCGAUGUCCAGGAGAUUGUGGCGAAAGGUCGUGAAAUAGGUGUUGAUCUUGAGGAGUUCUUGAACACUCUUCUUGGUAAAUGAGAGUGUUUGCAUCGCUUGACAGUAAACGCUGCCAAACGGUUUACGGUAAACAAACGGACGGUUACAAAGAACUAAAAUGGAAGGUGACUGAGUGCAUGACAUCUUACCGAACGCAGGUAUAUACUAACCUGCAAAUUGACUACCACAAUGCUUACAAAGGGACAGUUAUUGUUUCUUUUAGUACAGUAUCUUACCAAAAACUUCAGUAAGAUACGAUGGACUCUUUUUGUACAAUACGCAGCAAUCUUCAACAGGCAGAAAGGAACACACUGUUGUAGGGAAAUCACCUGUUUUAGGGAUAACUUCCAUUGUGUGACAUUACCGGUUCAAUGCACAAAUCCUGUUGUAGUUACAAACUUCCGUCCACGUAACAUGUCCCAUGAAAUUUUGCGUUCCGGAGUUAGGACGAAAUGACUCCGAUUUUCAACGAAUCACAUUCAGUGCAAACGAGGGGACGUGUUGUCCCCAAGUGUGCGCCGGUCUUUGUCGUUGUACGAAGGUGAAGAAGUUCGCGGUUUUGUUUCAUUGUUUACACCAAGACAAUCUCUGUAUUUAGGAAACUGGAAAUUAUUGUUCCAGUUUGUAUAAAUGUAGUUUUAUUCAAUUUUUUAAACAAGAAGUUUUUUCGACUAUGUACAUUUUUCUAUACAGUAUUUCAGCUAAAUACUAAGACUAAGACUGCAUGCAGUCUUGUAUGAAAAGUAAUCCGAAAAAUGGAAAUGAUUUGCUUAUAAAUCCAAAAUUUGUACAGUUUUUGAGCGAACGGAUGUCUUAUUUUUGCAGUCGCUACAGUUGUGUUUAAUACGCUUGAAUGUAUUAAAGAAAAUUAGGC